UGUCUAUAUGUCCAGACGGAAAGGCAGUCGCUUCGUGACGCUCGUGUUAAACGGUUCAACGACGUGAAAUAUAAAAGUUCUCUGUGAUUUUAUGGCCAUGGCAUUCAGCUCAGUCUUACCUGUUUUCCUCAUCGCCAGUAUCACCUGUACUAUGGCCGCACUAUCUCCCGAUCCGAGGGAUUUUUUUGCUGAUAAGAUCAAGGGAAAUAUCACAAAAAUCACGUGGGCACACGCGGUCAACAGUAAAAAAGAACUUGCUGAUGCACUCGCUGAUGAUAAAAUAAUGAUGAUAGAGGCUGAUAUCUCACUGGGUUUUGUGCCUGGAAAUUCUAACGUCACUGUCCCAAUCAUGGCACAUCCGCCAGCCAACGAAAGUGAUUUAUCACUGGCUGAUUUUCUCAAUGCAACUCUGAAAAAAUCCACCCGCGGCAUCAAGCUGGACUUUAAAACUAUCGAGGCAUUCAAUGCGAGUCUUCCCAUUCUGAAAAGCAAUCGUGAAAAAAUGGUGGUACCGGUGAUGCUCAAUGCCGAUAUCUUGCCCGGACCAUUUUCUGGGGACGAUAAACCGGUAGAUGCUGAUCAAUUUCUACAAGGAGCGAAGCAGAACUUCCCCGAGUGCAUUCUCUCAGUCGGUUGGAAGACACAGUAUGGCGUGAUGUCAGAACGUUACAAUGGCAGUUACACGAAAGAGCAGAUUCAGAACAUGUUGGAAACAUUAGCAAAGAACAAGAUUAACCAGACGGUAACCUAUCCCGUGAGAGCAGCUCUGGCAGCGAGUGACAUUACCAUUAUGACAGAACUCAUCAAGAACACCAAGAAUUACCGGUCAACCCUGACCGUUUGGUCUGCUGUCGGGGACUUUGUCGAUCGUAAAAAUCUGUCAACAUUCAUAAAAACCGUUGGUGUCGACAAGACCUACGUAGAUGUGCCAGAUAUCGUCUGGAAGGACUUGAAUCUCGGCUCUUCAGCAACUUCAAAUCUCGCCUCUGCGACUCUCAUGAUUUUUUCAGUCAUCAUCUCCACAUUUGGACUCUCUAAUCUCGCUUAAAAUUUUGAGAGACUUCGGUCAUUCCUACAUGAUUUUUAUAAACAUUCUCAUGAUUUUAUUUUGAAACUCGAAGCUUCACAUUUUUUUUUAUUCAAAACGAAAAAUGACAGGUCAGUCAAAUAUGCAUUUCCUUUGUUAGUAUUCAAAUCCUUCAGGAUUUAUUUCGUCUUAGUCCGGAUAGUAUUCUUCUCACAUAAUUAAUCUUAAGUUUUUCUUCCGAGUUUUUAAAAAUAACUAGAGAAUAUAUAAAUACUAUAAAUACAGACUAAAUUAAAUCAACAGGUGAGCGAAAAAUCGAUAUCACAAUUGCCUCCGAUUGCAGUAAAAAUGACAAUUUUAUAAUAAAAAUUGUACUUCAGCAAUUGGCGAUGGGAGAAAUCUUUCAAUUUUUCUCAUUCAGUAGUUACUCGUACUGAAUAAGGAAAAUGGAUGAUUUUUAAUAUAGAUCCCGUGAUUUUCGCUUUAUCCUUUCGCUCUGAACUGGAGUCCUGGAAAAAUGACCCAGCGAGGUCAUUUACAAGAGUUCAUAAGUGCAAAAAAAAAAGAAAUCAGAAUGCGAGGUCUGACGAUCAAUGACACUGCAUACGCAACAGGCCGCAGUCGACAUUCCAGGAAUAAAAAAGUCACUGAUAUACCUCAAUCUGAUAAAGACCUGAUUGUGCUUCGUUAGCUGGCACUCAGACCCACUGAAAUCACUGAUGCAGCACUCACUGAAAUUUUUAUCACACCGACGCACUCAUUAAGCGACACCCCGUUGAAUAUAUUUUUUGUGUAAUAUCCAUCAUUUACCAACCAUGUAGAGACGAAUAAAGAUUCUUAUUACUGGACGCUGAA